UCAGACGUGACGUCAGGCACGUCAUCACAGCAGGAUAGCUUACGUUCAACCCAACCAAACGGCUCACGUUUGUUUUUGGUGAAUCACAUAGCACUACAAAAGUUGCUGAAAGUGAAGGGAUUCAUUUCACAAGAAGCUUUACUUUGUCCACCGACGAGGAAAUAGGGAUCACCAAAAUGUCUUCUGCUCAGCCGGUCAUCAAAUCGAAACAGACGGUGAAAGAAGUAAAUGGAAUUUCAACGCAGGUCGUCUGUACAGAGUUCAGUAAUUACAUAUUCGUAGUACUUACUCAGUACGGCAAAAUGGGGACAUUGAUAUCUGUCACACCUGACUCCAGAUCUAAUGACAUCAGCACCCCGUCGUUCUCCACUAAAGUACUGCUGGGCAAAGACGAGCCUCUUACUCAUGUCUGUGCCAAAAACCUGGCCACUUUUGUGUCACAAGAAGCCGGCAACAGGCCUGUUCUACUGGGGACUGGCGCUCAAGGAUCCUCCAUAGAUUAUAAACAAAUGAAAGAGAUUGUCAAAAGUUGCCAAGUCUGGUAGAAAGUCAUAAUGGACAUGAAGCCUGAAGACUGGGCGAAACAGCCCUUCAGGAUGUUUCCCAAUGUCACAUUUUUUCAUGAAUCUUUUUAAACUGAAAAUAAUGUAAUACUUACUGAAUGUCAAUCUGUGAUAGCGUGUGCCGCAACAGAGAAAUGUAUAAAUCCAAUUUCAACUGAUCUUUUUUGAUUUGUUCAGACAGUGAAAAAUGUCUUUGGAGUUGAUUUGGUAGAAAGAAUUUCUGCAAGCCACUGUGCUCGCAGUGUGUUUGCAAAAUGAUAGCCGAUAGCUCCACUUUCAUCAUUGUAUGAAAUUAUUGUUUUGUUUGUUUUGGAUUUGUAAUAAAAUAAACAUUUGAAAUUG